AAUAAUAAUAAUGUGAAGAUUAACAGAACAGAACACCAGUAUAUAUAAAGCUUCAUACUAUUUAUUUAUAACUGUAUUUUUAAAUCUAACUUUGAGUAAUAAGAAAUAAAUAAUUAUUACGCACCGUGAACAAAUGGACACUGUGGUUAAAAUGAAGUUUAUAAUUAUGUAUAUUAUUUCAUUGCUUAUUGUAUGCCAAUGUGUCAUGAUAACUGAUCCUCUUGCAUUAUGUAAUCAGAAUUUACAAUUGGUAACAGAAAUGUGUUUCUCUACGUCGUUAAGCAAUAUUGGACAACAGUAUGCUGGUGAAAACUUGAAAGACCUCAGAGAAUUAUGCAAACAGUAUAAAUCUUGUGUGGCUGAGGCGAAAAACUGCCUUCUAACAGAAUUUGAUGGUAUACAAUUCGCUAAUUGUCCGACUGUCAAAGCACUUAGAAAAUCGAUGAACAGAAUUUUUGUGUAGGACUUUUUUGCUUUAAAAAAAUUCACCUGUUACUCAUCAUGAAAUAAUUAUCCUUUAAUUUGUAAGAAAUUAAAUAAAUAAAAAUACUUUAU